AUGUUACUUCGUCAUCUUCCCCUCGUCUCCCUUGGUAGUCGUUAUUCUCACCCACCCAGUAAUCAGCUUCCGUUCCACUGGAAUCCACGUCUCACGCACUCGAGCCUCGCUCUGCCGCUUCUGAAACGUCCCAUUCCCCUCUCCCGCUUCUCGUCCCCCCCCACUUUCGCUCCGCCUCCCCCUUUAUCCAGCCUCGAGCUCGCCUGUUUGGUGCAGCAAUUGCUUGCGCCCGACGCCCCCCCUUCCGCCAGUGUCCCCCUGACUCCGAACUUUGACUCCGCCCCGCCUGCAAAACCUCCCGCCGCCGCCACUGCCGAGAGUGGUGCUGUUGCCGCUGCCGCUGCGGCUGCUGAUGUUGCUGACGGUGCUGCUGAGGGUGGUGUUGGUGUUAGUGCUCGUGGUGACAGCAGCAGCAGCAGCGCGAACGGGGGCUGUUCCAGUGAGGAGAGUGGUGGGUCGGGCUUUAAGCGCGCGUACUGGCACGCGUGCACCAACGUGGAACGAUUUCUCAAGGUGAGCGAUGGUCUGUCUUCAAAGUCACCGAGGGUGAGUGAGGCCCUUGUGAGGCCUCUCAACAGUGAGCGCGCGUACUGGCAUGCAUGCACCAAUGUGGAGCGCUUUCUCAAGGUGUGUCGGCGGGUGGGUCUGAGGGACGUAUCGCUCUUCACCUCGCCCGACCUCGUGGAUGGCAGGGACGAUCAGCACCUCCUUACGCCCAUGUCCCCGGUGUGUCGGCGUGUGGGUCUGAGGGACGUAUCGCUCUUCACCUCGCCAGGCCUCGUGUGUCGGCGUGUGGGUCUGAGGGACGUAUCGCUCUUCACCUCGCCAGACCUCGUGGAUGGCAGGGACGUUCGGCGCGUCUGCCUGUGCCUGCGCACGCUGUCCAAGCGACUCGUGGGCAUCCGGGAUUUCGACGGCAUAAUGGAUUGGAGGGGCGAGAGGGCGGAUGCGUGGCAUGGGGGGCACGAGCAGCGGCAUGUGUACCAUCGUCACAGUCAGCAGCACCCGCAUGAAUGUGACCGUGCGCGUGGGGCACCUCACAAGCAGCAUCAUCCGCAUGAGGGGCACGAACAGCAGCAGCAAGUGCACCAUCGGUACCAUCAGCAUACUGACCCACACCGCCACACUUCUGCUUCGGAGGCGCGCCAAAACAGCCACCGUCUGAGCGAGUAUCACCGCGGCUUAGAGCAGAAGCAGAAGCAGAGCGGGGAGGGUCAUCUGGGAGGCAGUGCUGCCGCUGCUGUGCCUGCUACUGCUGGUGCUGGUGCUGGAGCCAGGGCUGCUGCUGCAUCUGCUGCUCCGGUGGACGUGUCGCCUCGCUUCCUUCCUCCCGACCCCACCUCCCUCACCCCCGUUCUUCCGGACCACCUGAGCAGCCCCCGCAGAGUGGCCUCGCCCCUCUCCCGCACUCACUCCAACGCCUCUUCUACCUCCACCGCUCUCCACAGCACUCACUCGCUCUCCCGCCACAGUUACACUCGCGGCAGUCACCGCAGCCACAGUCACGCGCUGGGGCUGGUGGGGGAAGGGGAGGGCGAGCAGAGGCGGCGAGGCGUGUGGGACCUGGUUGCUGCUGCUGGUGCAGUGGCUCUGGUGGGCGGAGCGAUGGUUCUGGCGAAUAGGAGUAACAGACGAACGCGGGAGGAGAGGAGGAGGCGAGCGCUGGAGUAUGAGAGGCCGAGCUUCACGGACCACAUUGCGCAGCGGCCUCACCUCGGCAUGGGCUUUGGCGGGGUGUUUGAGCUCAACUUUGGGGAUACGCCUGUGGCUGCGGCGGCCACCGAUGCACCAGAUGGCGAGGGGGCCGAGGGCAUUGAAGGGGGGAUGGAGAGGGGUAGGGCGGGGGGCAGAGAUGGGGGGAGAGAGGGGGGGGCGGAUCUGGCGGCUGGGGAGGAGGAGCGGGCAGGGCUGGGCAGACGGGAAGCACGUCGCCCCUGGUUCAUGUCCCUCGGCUCGCAGCGGAACUCAACCUCAACGGGAGAAGCAAGAAGCACCACCAGCACAACCGGCAGCAGCAGCAACGCCACCAGCAGCAGCGGAGGGUGGCGGAGGGGGCCCAAGCCGCUGCCGAGGUGGCAGCAGGCGGAGCUGGUGUUGAGGCAGCAGCGGGAGAUGGUCAUUCGCCGCCUGCAUGGGGACCGCCGCUCCAUGGCUGAGAUCUGUCGCCUGGACGAGGAGAGGUACUCGGAUCUCUGUCGCGGGUUCGAAGAGGCUCGCAGGAAGGAGGAGAGGGCUGAGGGGAGUGAAGGAGGCGAGUGUAGGGGGAGCACGGAGGGCGGCGUGUACGAGGUGCAAGAGGGGGAUACUCUGAGCACGAUUGCAGACAAGUUUAGGCAGAGCGUGGGGGAAGUGCUGCGGCGUAACCCGCAAAUUAAGGAUCCUGAUGCUAUAUACCCGCAUGACCGCCUGGUGCUGUGA